CGCAGCCGCCCGCAUGACACUCCGCAAGGGGGAGAGAGCGACCAUCAGCAUCCAGGAGCACAUGGCCAUCGACGUCUGCCCCGGCCCCAUCAAGCCCAUCAAGCAGAUCUCCGACUACUUCCCCCGCUUCCCGCGCGGCCUGCCCGCCGCCAGCCGCCCCGCCGCCGCCAGCCGCCCGCCCCUCAGCCCCGCCGAGCCGCCCCGCGACGAGGACGAGGACGUGGACCGGCUCUUCGGGGCGUACGGCGCCAGCGGCCCCGCCGCGCAGCCGGCCCCGCGCCCGGCCGAGGAGGAGGCGGCGGACGCCGAGGGCUACGAGUCCGACGACUGCACUACGCUGGGAACACUGGAUUUCAGUUUGCUGUAUGACCAAGAAAACAAUGCUCUCCACUGCACAAUCAAUAAAGCCAAGGGCCUGAAGCCAAUGGAUCAUAAUGGUUUGGCUGACCCAUAUGUCAAAUUGCACUUACUCCCAGGCGCUAGUAAGGCGAAUAAACUAAGAACAAAAACUUUGCGGAACACUCUGAAUCCCACCUGGAAUGAGACCCUCACUUACUAUGGCAUCACGGAUGAGGAUAUGAUUCGCAAGACACUAAGAAUUUCCGUCUGCGACGAAGACAAGUUCCGCCACAAUGAGUUCAUCGGGGAGACGAGAAUCCCAUUGAAGAAGCUAAAGCCCAACCAAACCAAAACCUUCAGCAUCUGCCUGGAAAAGCAGUUGCCGAUAGAUAAAACAGAAGACAAGUCCCUGGAGGAGCGCGGCCGCAUCCUCAUCUCCCUCAAGUACAGCUCCCAGAAGCAAGGCCUCUUGGUCGGCAUCAUCCGCUGCGCACACCUGGCUGCCAUGGAUGCCAAUGGCUACUCCGACCCCUACGUGAAAACCUACUUGAAACCAGAUGAGGACAAGAAAUCAAAGCAUAAGACAGCAGUGAAAAAGAAAACACUAAACCCUGAAUUCAAUGAGGAAUUUUGUUAUGAAAUAAAGCAUGGUGACCUGGCAAAGAAGACCUUAGAAGUCACUGUGUGGGAUUAUGAUAUUGGAAAAUCAAAUGAUUUUAUUGGUGGAGUAGUGUUAGGAAUUAACGCCAAAGGUGAGCGGCUGAAGCACUGGUUUGAUUGCCUGAAAAACAAGGACAAGAAAAUAGAGCGCUGGCACACGCUAACGAACGAGCUGCCAGGGGCUAUCCUCAGCGAUUGACCCUAAAGACCAGCCCGGGGCCCCGAAGACAGCCCAGCUCUCUCUCACAACCAGAACCAGGAACAGUUCAUGCCUUUGGACUUCUAGUUUACUUACUACAUUAAAAGGGAUACUAAGUCAGCAAGAAAGAGUGGCUUGGUAAAUUCCAACUGAUGGUCAGGCUGCAGGGAAAUACCACUAAACAAGACACAAUUGAUUUUCUCUGUUCAGUGGGUGUGAUCCCCUCGGGUUUUCUCCUAGGUUUCUCUGAGCACUCCCUCUCUCCAACACACCCACACAGUCAAUUGAGAGAAAACAACACACACACACACACACACACAGUCAAUUGAGAAAAAACAGGCCUGCAUGCACUAGAAUUGUGACUUCUUUGAUAUACUGAAUUAUCUUCUUGCUGCCUUGCAAAAUGAAUGGAUCACUUUUUGUUUGUGUAGCUACUAUGAGCAAAAAGCAUUAUUAAACAUGGAACUAUUUUACUAAGGGGACUGUGUGCCACAUUUCUGGUUGUCAAUUUCUGUGGUUUGGGCUUGCACAGUCUUUAUGCCCUUAAACACCACCUUUUGGAAUGAUCAUCUUCUCCAAUAAUCUAUAAGGACUGUUUGCUUUUCUUUCAGAAAUGUACUGCUUGUUCUGUCCGAUGAAGUGUACCAGUAUGCUAAAAGGGCUGUGCAGCUAUAUAAGGCAAUAGCUUCCUUAUACAAGUCCACCAGGGAACAGUAGGCACUUGCAGCCUCACUAGGAAUAAUACAAGGCUUCACAUUUGCUAAAAGAAGUUUUGAUAUUUAAGAAAGAUCAGAAAAUCAACAGACAAUUCCAUUCCAGCACUUACUCUAUUACAGACAGUGGGACUUCACACUAGUACUUCCAUGCAGCUGCUAUUUUUAGGAAACCAUGAAACUGCCUUUCUUCCUGUCAAUUACACAGCUAGUUUGAACAGGACUUUUUUUCACUGAAACUUACCUUCAGAUUUUACUGUUAGUGCAGACACUUCAUUCUGGUUAGUGAGAAUGAACAGAACCCCUGAAGAGUUGCCACUAGCUAGAAGGGCAAGAGGCGGCAGACUUGAUGCUACAGUAAGUGCCAUGGGUCAAAUUCUGCCUUUGGUUACAUGCAUAACAACCUUCAUGGACUCCAGUGGGCAUUACACUCGUGUAAGGGACAGAGAAUUUGGCUUUGUCUCUUCCUUUAUUCAGCCUUCUUAACAGUGUAUGUAACUAACUCCUAACUCCCCAGGUAGGCCAAUUAGACAUUCCUCUCUACAAAUCUGUUCUUUGCAUCGGGCUGGCUUCACUCACUGUCCAAAGACUUAGGCCCUGAUUUUUGCCCCACUGACAUCAUUGGUAGGUUUGUGGGAGAACAGACAAUCCCUGGUGGAAUGUGCAAGGGACAGCAGCAAGUCUGCGUUACUGAGAGGGAGCCAAUUGAAUAAAAAUCUGGUUCUAGAAUCUCCUCCUCUACCAAACACAUAGCUCCCAAACCAAACUGCUCUACUCUGCCAGUCACACCAUACACUGGAUCAAAGUUUCUUCUCUUUCUUUCAUUAAUCACAUUGUUCUAUUUUCCUAACCAUGUCCAAGACAGUUCACAAGUUUUUCUGCAAACACAAGAAGUCACAAAUGAGCUAAACUAACGGCAAAAUGCUGCAUGUUGGCAGAAUUUAUGGAUGCCUUUAAUCCAUGCAUUAUUGAAAAGGUCCCUAGUUACAUCAAGUCUUUACUACGUAGUAGUUCAUAAACAUGUAUUUUUGGGAUCAAUCAGAUCUCUUUAGACCUACAUUUAUUUUUCAAAGUUAUAAUAAUAGUACACCUUGUUAGAUAUGGGAAAACCUUCUAGGGUCUUUUUAACAAUGUAAUAUUUGUAGUGAAUUACGCAGAUAUGCAUGAAUUUUAUUUGAAUGCCAACAGUGUGUCAAGUUAGAUGAUCUCACCAAUUCUCUCUUGCCCAUGUACGAUACUUUUCCAGCACUUUAAAAUAUAGCAGGAUAGUUAGGGCUUGAUUUCAGAAGUGCUGAGCCCCCACAGCUCUUACUGGAGUCCAUGGGAGAGGCAUGUGUCCAAGGGCUCUGAUAAGGAGGCUCUUAGAAUGGCCAGGAAUAAUAGGGAGACUCCCUUUUUGUCAAAGUUAUUUUAAAAGUACUGUUUUUUAAGCAUAUAUUUUGCCAUAACACUAGUUUAUGCCUAAUGUGGAGUGGGACAUAACGUGUGCAUUUUUUCAUUUUGUAUUUGUCUUUUUUAACUGGGCUGUAUAUAUAAAUUGCAUGCAAGAUGGUUGUUGUCAUGCAAGAACUUGUUAAAUGUUUGAUACCAAUGUUUUGCUACAACGUGAAGGCUGCAGUUAUUGUCCUUAACUGCAUCCUACAAGAAUUUUGUAUCUCAGUAUUAUCUAUGUGUACUUAUUGUUGGAUUUGUUAAUAUUUAUAAAUAGAACCCAAAAUAAAAAGGAAAAAAAAGGUGAAUUGUAAAGGUUCAGCUUCUGAGUCUCCCCCUAUUUGUACAGUAAUCGCGUGCUCAGUCCACUAUGCCGCAUUCAAACUCAGAUGCUGGAAUGACAACGAACAUGACACAGACUUUCACCUCCUUUGAGGGUGUGUCAAUUUUCACAGGCACGAGACGAAUCACUUAGGAUUUUAUGCACUUUUUUUAUGGUCUUAACUUUUCAGAGCACUUCAGGGGCAAAAAUUGCUCAGCGGCAGCUGAUUCUACCUAGAAAAAAAUGUUUCUUUUGCCAGUUGUAAAACCAAGGGCCAAAUCCUGCUUGUCAGGUGAGUGAAGAGCAGGAUCUGGCUUCCAAUUUGUAAUGGGACAAUGCUGGAAUGUUACAAGUGCAUCACUAAAAAAUGCCUAUUGUUUUGCUUCCUCAGGAUUGUUUUACAAAACAUACUGAUCCCGACAGAAACUCAUAGUCUCUGUGACAUUACAAGUACCUGCUGGGUUCAAAAAGAGUUAUGAAUCCACCUGGGGGAUAAGCAGCAGGGAGUAGAUGAACUAAGCAACGAAGAGGCAUUUCCUAUUGUGGAAAAUCAAAGGUGCAAAAUUAAAACCAAGAGUAGAACUAGCCAGUGGAUUAAUUUUUGGAGUUGGAGACAGGAACAUCUGCAUUUUAAUCUAAGCUCUGCCAGUGGCUCGCUGUAUGGCCUUGGGCUAAGUCACUUAGCUGCUCUGCCUCUGCUUUCCCAUCUGUAAAAUGGGGAUAUUUAUCUACCUCACUGGAGCAUUGUGAGGUUUGUACAUCACUUUGAAAAAUUAAAGCACUUCAAUUGUGGUGAAAAAACCCAGAGUAGGGUUCAGAGGUUUCCACUAGUGUCACUAAAAGGAGUUAUUUGGUAACAUUACCAGGGAGGCAUUUUAAAAGGAAUAUGGCUGCUCUGAGAGUGCUUCAGUGCACAGGUGGUUGUUUUUUUUUAACCAAAUGGUACAACAUACUCUGUGGCUCUUAAGAUGGUUGAUAAAUAAUAUUUCCAAUAUGUGUCAAGGAAUGCAGUGACACAUUUGUGAAUUUCUUGUUCAAAUAAAAGCUACAUAAAUGAACGAGGGAAUAUUUCUGAAGUCAUUUUAUACAAAAGAUGAGAUUACAGCUACCUGUGGAAUUCCACUUUGAGCUGAGUUAUGUAGAUUUGGAAGAUUUAACUUUAUUUGCCAAGAGUUUAUAUUCAGAGUUCAAGACCCUGAGUAGUUCAAUUGGUACCAGAGGUGAAGAGCCUAUUUAAAGGGUGGCAUCUAGCUUAGGGAGCACUGGCUCUUUAACAAUACUAGCCUUUUU